AUGGGCCUCCCCACCGUGCCUGGCCUGCUGCUGCCACUGGUGCUUCCGGCUCUGUUGGCAGAUGUGUACCCCGCAAGGGUUCAUGGGCUGGUCCCUCAACCUGGGGACCUGGAGAAGAAAGAGAGUUCCUGUCCCCAAGGAAAAUAUAACCACCCUCAAAAUAGCACCAUUUGCUGCACCAAGUGCCACAAAGGUACCUAUCUGUACAAUGACUGUCCGGGCCCGGGGCUAGACACGGACUGCAGGGUAUGUGCCUCUGGCACCUACACUGCCUUGGAGAACCACCUCAGACGAUGCCUGAGCUGCUCCAGGUGCCGGGAUGAAAUGUUCCAGGUGGAGAUUUCCCCUUGUACAGUGGACCGGGACACCGUGUGUGGCUGCAGGAAGAACCAGUACCGGGAAUACUGGGGUGAAACUGGCUUCCGGUGUCUGAACUGCAGUCUCUGUCCCAACGGCACAGUGAACAUCCCCUGCCAGGAGAGACAGGACACCAUCUGCCACUGCCAUAUGGGCUUCUUUCUAAAAGGCGCCAAGUGCAUCUCCUGUCAUGAGUGUAAGAACAAGGAAUGCGAGAAAUUAUGUCCAACCCGACCUUCAACUGGUAAAGACUCUCAGGACCCAGGCACUACAGUACUAUUACCCCUGGUGAUUGUCUUCGGGCUUUGCCUGGCAUCCUUCGCCUCUGUCGUUUUAGCAUGCCGCUACCAGCGGUGGAAGCCCAAGCUCUACUCCAUCAUUUGCGGGCAGUCGACUCUGGUAAAAGAGGGGGAGCCAGAACUCCUGGCCCCGGCCCCAGGCUUCAACCCCACCACCACCAUCUGCUUCAACUCCACCCCAAGUUCCAGUCCUGUCUCCAUUCCCCCUUACAUCCCCUGUGACCGGUCCAGCUUCAGAGUCGUCACAUCUCCCUCCAGCGAAAUGGCCCCGCCCCAUCUAAAGGCUGGCCCGAUUCUCCCGGGGCCUCCGGCCUCCACCCACCUCUGCACCCCAGUUCAGAAGUGGGAAGCCAGCGCCCCGAGUGCCCCCGAUCAGCUCGCGGAUGCCGACCCCGCGACCCUGUACGCGGUGGUGGACGGCGUGCCCCCGUCGCGCUGGAAGGAGUUGGUGCGGAGGCUGGGACUGAGCGAGCACGAGAUCGAGCGGCUGGAGAUGGAGAACGGGCGCCACCUGCGCGAGGCGCAGUACAGCAUGCUGGCGGCCUGGCGGCGGCGCACGCCGCGGCGCGAGGCCACGCUGGAGCUGCUGGGCCGCGUGCUCAGGGACAUGGACCUGCUGGGCUGCCUGGAAAACAUCGAGGAGGCGCUGGGCGGCCCCGCCCUCCUUGCGUCCGAGCCCCGCCUUCUCCGGUGA